GUGGCGGUGCCGCUUUCGCCGCACUGUCUCAUUCAUUCAUUCAUUACUGCAGGUGGAAGUGAGGAGGUGCGGGCAGAAGGGAAUGAGGCGGGCAGCCCCCUGAGCUGGCUUGAACUCGCACCGUUUAGACACCCACCGGCGAUCGCUUGCUCUGCCAUGGAGGAGAGUGCGAGCGAGGCGCUGCCCGAGCUGAAGGAUCUGGAGCACAAGGUGGGACGGAAGACGCCCGACGCCUUGCUGCGCUGGCUGCGGGAGGACUCGGCUCCGGCGCCCGGGGACAAGGCGGAUUCUGCUGGCCCCGGGAGCAGCAUCGAGCCGGUGUCCGCUCCGGACAGACGCCAGUCUCAGGGGCUGGCGGAGAAGAUCCGAGUGCUGAGGCUGGAAAUGGCAUAUCUAAGGGCAAUUGAUAUCAAGAUAAUGCACCAGCUGAUGUCCAUCAAUGAAGGGAUUGAGGCAGUGAAGUGGAUUUUGGAAGAAAAGGGCACCCUUGCCAGUAGAUGUAGCAGUCUCACGAGCAGUAUGUACAGCCUUGUGGAGAGCCAGGAGACCUCAAGGAGAGGUAGCUGGAACAGCCUCCAGGAUCCAAAUGAUAAAUUGGAUGGGAUUUCUAUUGGAAGUUUUUUGGACACUCUGGCAGAUGAUAUGGAUGAGUACUGUCAGACUACCAUAGAUCCUUUGUCCUCAACACCAUCGAGUAAAAAUGGCCCUUUUACCACAACAGAGAAGGAAAUAUAUCCCAACGAGAUACUUUGCCAACAGACCAAUAUUGGGAACGGCUUUCUAGAGAAACAAGGGAACUUUGUUGCGGAUUGUAAUGUCGAAAACAAGUUCUCCCAUGAUAAACAAUCCAAAGAUGGUGGGAAACUGAAGAUACAGAAAAAUGGGAAACUUGAUUAUGAGGGUUGUAAAAAUAAAAUGCACAUUGAAUAUGAUGCCCAUUGGCACUGGGUGCAGUCGCAAGAUGAUGUAACAUUUCUGUGAGGAGGUCGGGUUGGCAGAAUUUGAUGAAAGCAAUGAUAUUUAACUUUAUCUCCAUCAAACCAUUGCAUAGACUCCAAUAGUCAAAUUGAAACAUAUGGUGGUCAGAAUGGUAAAGUGUAGAAAAACACAUUUGAAGUUACGCGUAAUAAAAUUAAAAUGCUUCAAGGUUCAGAGUAGAGGCCUGAGAAUUGUCAAUUUUAGGAAAUUGGAGAAAUGAAGUGAGAUUUUAGUCACUCAGACCACAUUUAGAUCAGACUGUGGACUACACUGAUGAACUAACUAUUCGCAAAGACUUGGAUUGCAGAUUGGAAUCGGAGUCAGUGAAAAAUAGUUAAUUGCUACUGUGAACCACUGUUGCAUUGUAAAUGCAAUUUUAAUCUGGAGUCCAGGGCUAAAUUGACACAAGUACAAAACACACGUUGGACGUAACAUUGGAUUUGCACCAGAAAUUAAGAUGAAAUUCUUUCACAUUGACUCAGUACCAUAAUACAUUUAUAAUUUCAAAUGCAUUUUUGAGAUUAUGGCCAUUAACGGAGGAAUGGUCAGCCAUGAUUGAAUGGUGGAGUAGACUUGAUGAGCCGAAUGUCCUUAUUCUGCUCCUAGAACAUGAACUUAUGAAUGUAAGGUCGACAAAAAAGCUGGAGAGACUCAGCAGGUGAGGCAGCAUCUAGGAGCGAAGGAAUAGGCGACGUUUCGGGUUGAGACCCUUCUUUAGACCUUUAGAUGCUGCCUCACCCGCUGAGUACCUCCAGCUUUUUUGUCUACUGAUUUUUCCAGCAUCUGCCGUUUUUCUUAAACUUAUGAAUGUAUUUCUGCUACAUGUUUCUAAACAGAUAGAUACGAUGCGAGUUAUGUGGAGAGCAACAUUUUUGUAAAACAUGGGAUUGGCAGCGAAUUUAAAUUAAAUGUUAUAUUAAAUGGGAGAUCAAUAAUUUCAAUAAUUAUGAAGCAUGAAGUUAUAGUCAAAAUAUUGGAAUUACAUUUUUUUGCAGUAUUGGUGCAUGUUGGAGGUAUUACUUUAGUCAUUGAAAAGCCAUGCUUACCCACAUGAAGAUAGCCUCUCAUUUAGUAAAGUUUUUCAUUCACUAAACUGGGCAGGGUUCCAAAGCCCAGCAGGUUUGAACAGUCAUAUAAACUUAAUAGUUGGGCAAUUUCUGUAAAGCUAUAAUUCCUUCUCUAGAUGGGCCUAGUCUCUUGUCAGGGAGAAUUUUAUAUACAUUCCUCUCUUCUGAUCUGUUGAAGACAGAAGUCUGGCUCUUAGUAAAUUACAAGUCAAUACUGUGAAUUAAUCUCCCUCUCCAUGACUCAGAUAUUUUUGCUCAAAGGUCAUUUGGUUCACUAGAUAUACUUUGCUCAAGCAAACCUUAGGAAGGUUGCCAAGGGACAUAUUUUUCCAGUGAAAUGGUAGCAUUAAUAUUUUGUACCUGCAGAGAUUAUUGGAAUGACCACCUUUUUAUGUAAUUAUUGGAGAAUUUUGUAUUUGGCGAUCUGGUGUACAUUUCUUGACCAAUUUUGAGAAGGUACAAAAACGUUUGCAGCAUUUUAAAUGAUGGGGUUUCUUUGGUAACUGGAGAAUUUUGCUCUUGCUAAAGUAGCCAAAGUUCUGCAAUACUAUAACAUAGUUUGACAUGAUUUGGUUAUGGGACAGUAUUUUAUUGUAAACCACUGGAUUAUUCUCUCCAUUCAAAAACACACUAAAUAACUUUGUUUAAGAAAAAAACCAUCAAUCAUGAACUAGAAACUUGUACAUAGUUUGCAGAUAAUUAAGAACAUAUUCAAUGUAUUAACUGUAUACAAUCUUACACGCUUAAAAUAUUGUGACAGAUUGAUUGGUGAAUGUGGGGUGGAAAGGGAAGCAAAUUAUUUUGUUAUUUUGUCUUGAACUUUGGUCUUUCUGUAUAUCCAUAAUUUAAAGAUGUUCAUCAUUCCAACAGAUCAGGCAUGCAUUAGGCAGGGAAGCACUGCAUGGAGGUCAUCAUGGUUAUUGGAGAUGUGGUGGGGUUAAAGUUUCUCCUGCAUCCCACAAGCUUUGAGCUUUUAACAUUCCUGCUAUUUGUUACGGUCCCAGCUUGAUCUGUGGUUUAGUUGAAGCACUUCUCCCAAUUUUCCCAGAUGAAGCCACAAGCUAAGCUCAGACCAUGCUUUGGUCUUUUUAUUUAGUAGGAUGCAUCCUCUAAUACAGUGCAGUAGUGAAUGCGUUUGGCAUGGGCUAAAGUGCGUUUGUCUCCAGCAAAGCUGACAACAGUGCCCAAAACUGCUGUGUUCAUAUUUAUAUUGUACCUCCACACUUAUAAAGCUUGGUCUAAUUUAUAAUGUACGCUAGCAAAUGUUAGACAGCAAAGUGAAAAUUAUAUGCAUUAAUAUUAGUCAUUAUGAAUAAGCAAUAAUUUUCCAGUUGAAUGCAAGUUUACGAUUAUCCAGCUUAUUUGGACUGAGAACUGGGAUAAAGAGCGACUGUCUUAAUUAUGGAUAAACCAAGUCUGAAUUCUAUAGUUCAAUUCAUUAUUGUACUGUCUAAAAUAGAUUGAUGUUAUUACAUAUGUACUGCUUUAAAGCAAAAAGUUUGAAAUGUCUGCCAAAUUUUAACAAAAGUAGGAAAAUUAAAUAUUUUUAGCAAAGUGAUAUAAUGCACUAAAGUGUUAAUGUGUGGUGUUGUUAUGCAAUUGUGUGUGUGUGUGUGAGAUUUGUAUGGUAUGUGCCUGUGUGUGGUAAAAUUUUCUGAAUUUGACCUAUUCUUUGAUAGAUCCUCAAAUCAAUUCUGUUUGGACUUUGCUGUCAUAUUCUAGCCAAAAAAAUAUUUGUACUAAGCUGCUUUGUUCUAUUGUUAACUGUAUUUAAUAAUGAUUAUACAAUUUAUAUUUUACUAUAAAACUCAAAGCUUAGUUUUAUGAUUAAAAUAUAAUCAUAAUGUGGUAAUAUAGUUUUCAAUGUUACUAAUGAGUGCAUAGAUAUCUUUAAAAUAUUACAGAUUAAUGCAGUUACAGCAAUAUUAAACUCUUUACAAAUUUCAAUCUGUGUGUAAGUAAUUGGAUAAUGUAUUGGUGAAAUAGUAUUACAAUCAAUCCAUUGAAUGCUUUACAUAUUGGCCAUUUGUCCUUAUAGAUCAUUUUUUAUUAUUCAUUUAUGGUUUGGAGACUACGUGAUGUGCUAGCAUUCUAAUGGAUGCUGAAUACAAUAUUGCAAUUUGGGGCAUUCCGGCUUCUUCCAUGCUUGCCAUUUGGGGAUAUCUUUUGUGAAAUACUAUAAGCCUUUCCAGUCUCCCUGCUUUAUCUUUCUAUGAUGUAUGGACUGUUCUAUAUUGUGGGACCCCUAUGUAUCUCCUGGUUUUUGCAUGCCAUUUACAAUUUCCUGAUAGUUAAUUUCAUUCCACUAGGGGAGUAUUGAAGGUCUUACAUGUACUUAGUUAUUUCAAGCUUAAGCCUUUUAAUACGGUUUGCUUAAUUUGGAAAAAAGUUAUAUUCUAAUGUUAAACAAAAUUGCACCCUGAAAAGACCAGCAUGAUAAUAAUAUUGAGACAUUCUUAUUUAUUUGCUCCAUGGCAUGAUUCAUCCAACUGAGAUAGAACAUUCCAAACAAUAAUGACCCCACAUUGUUUUGCCUGUUUCUAACGACAUCAAUGCUGAUCAAGCAUUGCUGUUUAUCAGUCUGCAAAAAGUAUUUUUGGAGUUGAUCUGAAAUUCAGUUAUCACUCUCUCAAAUCUUUUUGCACAAUGUUAUGCAUACAAUAUAAAUAACAAUGAACAGGGAGCUGGGUACUGUAACACACUAUGCACUUGGCAAAGCACAAGGGAAUUAUGGUUGCCUUCUGUAACCACUUUGUGCAAUUGUUGGAACAGAAAAUAGCAAUUGUUCUCCAAAUUAUUGGAUUUUUUUUGCCCAAUGAGAUUACUUUUGUGACAUUAUGCUUCCAAAAGUAACGGCACUGGGUGCACUUAUUGAUCAUUUUCCUUGCUUGGACAAGCUACAGUUCCUUUUAUUUUCAAAUGUAUUAAUCAUAAUCAUGCACAUAAAUGUUUCUCUAUGUUAACUGUACUAUCAAUUCAAUACAUCUUACAAUGUGCCAACAUUUCUCAUAUUUCUUCUUCAAUGAAGGACCCAUGAAGCAUUGGAGAGGCUGUUGCACCGGCCCUGCUCCCGAGUAUUGAGUGGCAACAGGUUCUGGGCUGUAGUCCUUCCUCACAGAGCUUUUGGGAUAGCUGCACUGAAUUAACUGCAUCCCUCAGCACAUUUCCUGAACUUUGGAAUCUGACUUUUAGCUACAUUUUCUUGCAGACAUCUCCUUGCACUGGAAGAUCAACAAAUUUCAGACAGACCAAAAUGUUGUCUCCCUGAGUUGUUGAUCUUGCAAUGGCAAUUGGUGUUUAACUCAAUUAUAUGUCUCUGGGAAAAGUCCAUGGGUCACAGAGUCCCUUGUGGUGCAACUGUUUUGGAUGGAUCUUGGCACAAACCAAAGCAUCAAUUUCGAAACCUGGUUGGAGAAUGCUCGGUCAACAAAGAGGUGGAUGAUAGUCCCAUCCAUGUCACAGCCAUCCCGAGGGUAGCAUGUGGUGAGAUUGAGUUUCCUACUGCGUGUCAUGGACCUGAGGGGAAGGGUUCCUCUCAAUACCAACCCAGCGAGGUUUAGUUUAGAGAUACAGUGCGGAAACAGGCCUUCGGCCCACCGUGUCCACUCCGACCAGCGAUCCCUGCACAUUAACACUAUCCUACACCCAUUAGGGACUAUUUCUGCACAUACACCAAGCCGUUUAACCUACAAACCUGUAUGUCUUUGGAGUGAGAGGAAACCGAAGAUCUCAUAGAAAAUCCAAGGGUAGAACGUACAAACUCUGUACAGACAACACCCGUAGUCGGGACCCAAUCAGGGUCUCCGGCGCUGCAAGCGCUGUAAGGCAGCAACUCUACCACUGCGUCACCAUGCACUCUUGGUGCUUGUUUGUGAGUUCUGCCGAUGAUGCAUUCUGCGAGAGAUCCACUAACACAGAGCUUACAGGACAAUCCAGGCUGGCCACUGGCUGAUGGAUGUGGCCGAAGGCAUUUUUCCACAGGAACUUUUCCACAAAGAGCAUGUAGUGUGUAAAGUCAGCUGAACGGAACAUCAUACGGCAACAUGGCCAGGCCCAUCCUUAGUGAGACCUGGGCAGCUAGAACGUCCGCACGUAGCAACUCUUGGUGUUUACGUUCUCUGGCUCUGUGCAGAAUGA